CGUGACGAUUUACUGGCUAUCUUGCAGAUGGAAGAGCCGGGCAGCGGGUGCUACUGCUGUUAGCUAUAAUUCGUUUGUUAUUUCCAAAAUGAAAAGUAUUUAAGUAUAUCGUUUUCAGAGCAUUUUUUUUCAAACUCUUAUUUUAUUCUAUCGGGUUUUCACAUGAAAUUGUAAACCCAUUUUAGUACAUGCGUAUUUUACAGUAUCUAUUUUGCAGAUAAUCUUUAUCGCAAAACGAGAAAGACCAUGGGAGAUAAACAAGUGUGGGUAACUUUCAGCAAGUGAAACAGUUGUUAUGCGGACCGACUUUUGAUUUCGCCGGAGCUGAAGACAUUUGAAGAUAUUUAAAGACGUAUUAGGAUCACAAAGGAAGAUGUCCAACGGCGCAGCGGGAAGCGGGCUGGCUUGGAUGGAGGCUGCGAAUGGCAGAGGUGAUACUGGCAAGAUAGAAGGGGCCAAGAAAGACAAGGCAGGCUCCAAACUGUCUGUGGAGAGAGUGUACCAGAAGAAGACCCAACUAGAGCACAUUCUUCUCCGUCCUGACACAUACAUCGGCUCUGUGGAGCCCAUCACCCAGCAAAUGUGGGUGUUUGAUGAAGACGUUGGAAUGAAUCAGAGGGAAAUCACCUAUGUUCCUGGACUGUACAAAAUCUUUGAUGAAAUUCUUGUCAAUGCAGCGGAUAACAAACAGAGAGACAAGAAUAUGACUGCCAUUAAGAUCACCAUUGAUCCUGAGUCCAACACCAUAACUAUAUGGAACAAUGGUAAAGGAAUACCUGUGGUAGAGCACAAGGAUGAGAAGAUGUAUGUCCCAGCUCUCAUUUUUGGCCACCUGCUAACCUCCAGCAACUAUGAUGAUGAUGAGAAAAAGGUCACAGGUGGAAGGAAUGGUUAUGGUGCUAAGCUGUGCAACAUCUUCAGUACCAAGUUCACUGUGGAAACUGCCUGCAAGGAAUACAGACACAGUUUCAAACAGACGUGGCAGAACAACAUGAGCAAGACUUCUGACCCCAAGAUCAAGUUCUUUGAUGGGGACGAUUUUACCUGCGUGACCUUCCAGCCAGACCUCGCCAAGUUCAAGAUGGAGAAACUGGACAAGGAUAUUGUAGCACUCCUUACCCGCAGAGCAUAUGAUGUAGCUGGCUCCUGCAAGGGGGUUAAAGUCACUCUGAACGGGAAAAAAUUACCUGUGAAUGGGUUCCGCAGCUAUGUGGAUCUGUAUGUGAAGGAUAAACUGGAUGAGACUGGUGUGGCGCUUAAGGUGGUAAAUGAGACUGUGAAUGAUCGGUGGGAGGUUUGCCUCACCAUGAGUGAGAAGGGAUUCCAACAAAUCAGCUUUGUGAACAGCAUCGCCACCACCAAGGGUGGCAGACACAUUGACUAUGUAGUGGACCAGAUAGUGGCCAAACUUAUUGAAGUGGUGAAGAAGAAGAACAAGGCAGGAGUGUCUGUCAAACCCUUUCAGGUGAAGAACCACAUCUGGGUGUUUGUGAACGCACUGAUCGAGAACCCCUCCUUUGACUCUCAGACCAAGGAGAACAUGACACUGCAGACGAAGAGCUUCGGGUCCAAGUGCCUUCUGUCAGACAAGUUUGUCAGAGCUGCAACAAACUGUGGGAUCGUUGAGAGUAUACUCAACUGGGUAAAGUUCAAGGCGCAGACGCAGCUGAAUAAGAAGUGCUCAUCUGUGAAGCACAGCAAGAUCAAAGGCAUCCCCAAACUUGAUGAUGCAAAUGAUGCUGGUGGCAAACACUCCUCUGAAUGCACACUGAUCCUCACUGAGGGAGACUCAGCCAAGUCUCUGGCUGUCUCUGGACUGGGAGUCAUUGGGCGUGACCGUUACGGGGUGUUCCCUCUGAGAGGAAAGAUCCUGAAUGUGCGAGAAGCAACACACAAGCAGAUCAUGGAAAAUGCUGAGAUUAACAACAUCAUCAAAAUUGUAGGCCUCCAGUACAAAAAGAGCUAUGAUGACCCAGAGUCACUGAGGAGUCUGCGCUAUGGCAGGAUCAUGAUCAUGACAGAUCAGGAUCAAGAUGGCUCCCACAUCAAAGGUCUUCUUAUCAACUUCUUCCACCACAACUGGCCAUCCCUGCUGAAACACACAUUCCUGGAAGAGUUUAUCACACCCAUUGUCAAAGUGACCAAGAACAAGCAGGAGCUGGCCUUCUACAGCAUUCCAGAGUUUGAUGAGUGGAAGAAACAGACAGAGAACUAUAAAACCUGGCAUAUAAAGUACUACAAAGGUUUGGGUACAAGUACAAGCAAAGAGGCAAAAGAAUACUUUGCUGACAUGGAGAAGCAUCGCAUCACAUUCAGAUACAGUGGUGCAGAGGACGAUGCCGCCAUCACUCUGGCUUUUAGUAAGAAAAAGACAGACGACAGGAAGGAAUGGUUGACUAAUUUCAUGGAGGACAGACGUCAGAGGAGGAUGCAUGGGUUGCCGGAGCAAUACCUAUAUGGAACACAGGCUAGGCACCUCUCAUACAAUGACUUCAUCAACAAAGAGCUGAUUCUGUUCUCUAACUCUGACAAUGAGAGGUCCAUCCCAUCCCUGGUUGACGGUUUAAAGCCAGGCCAGAGGAAGGUGCUGUUCACCUGCAUGAAGAGAAACGACAAGAGGGAAGUGAAGGUGGCACAGCUGGCUGGUUCAGUGGCAGAGAUGUCUGCCUACCAUCAUGGAGAGCAAGCUCUCAUGAUGACCAUAGUGAACUUGGCCCAGAACUUUGUGGGCAGUAACAAUGUGAACAUCCUGCAGCCACUGGGUCAGUUUGGUACUCGCAUCAAUGGAGGCAAAGAUGCUGCGAGCCCCCGUUACAUCUUCACCAUGCUCAGUCCUCUUGCCAAGCUGUUGUUUCCAGCUGUGGAUUUCAACCUGCUCAAGUUCCUAUACGAUGACAACCAAAAGGUGGAACCUGAGUGGUACAUUCCCAUUAUUCCUAUGGUGCUGGUGAAUGGUGCUGAGGGCAUCGGGACAGGCUGGGCUUGUAAGAUCCCCAACUAUGACCCCCGAGAGAUUGUCAACAACAUCAACCGCAUGCUCAACCACCAGGACCCCCUGCCAAUGCUUCCCAGCUAUAAAAAUUUCAAAGGUGUGAUUCAUGAACUGGGUCAGAACCAGUACCUGGUCAGUGGAGAGGUGUCAGUCAUCGACAGAAACACCAUUGAGAUUACUGAGCUUCCUGUUCGGACAUGGACACAGGCCUAUAAGGAGUCCGUGCUGGAGCCAAUGCUGCAGGGCAGUGACAAAACACCAGCUCUCAUCAAUGAUUAUAAAGAAUACCACACAGACACCACAGUCAAGUUUAUGGUCCGCAUGUCAGAGGAAAAACUGUCCCAGGCUGAGGCAGCUGGUCUUCACAAAGUCUUCAAGCUGCAGUCCAGUCUCACCUGCAACUCCAUGGUGCUGUUUGACCACAUGGGUUGUCUGAAGAGGUACGAUUCAGUCCAGGACAUCCUCAGGGAGUUCUAUGAGCUACGCCUACACUACUACAAAUUGAGGAAGGACUGGUUGGUGGGCAGCCUGGGAGCUGAAGCAAACAAACUGUCCAACCAGGCUCGCUUUGUGCUGGAAAAGAUCGAAGGAAAAGUUUCAAUUGAGAACAAAUCCAAGCGUGAGCUAAUACGCAUGCUCGUCCAGAAAGGCUAUGAAUCAGAUCCUGUGGCUGCCUGGUCCAAGGCUCAAGAAAAGGCUCAGGAAGAUUAUAAAGAUGGAAACGAUAGCGACGACUCGGUGGACUCGGGCUCCUCAUCAGGGCCAAACUUCAACUACAUCCUCAACAUGCCUCUAUGGUGCCUGACUAAGGAGAAGGUGGAGGAGCUGCUCAAACAGAGGGACCUUAAGAGAGGAGAGCUGAAUGACCUUCAGAGGAAAUUCCCAGAGGAUCUGUGGAAGGAGGACCUGGCAGUGUUCAUUGAGGAGCUUGAUAAACUGGAGGCCCAAGAGCGCGAGGAGCAGAGUUUAGGCAAGGCCAUCAAGCUGGUUAAGGGAAAGGUGGGCAAGCCCAAAGUGAAGAAGAUGAACCUGGAGGAGACAAUGCCCUCUCCAUUUGGUCGCAGGGUGGAGCCUCCUACUCAGGCACUCAAAUCUGAUGCAGCCAAGAAACUGACCAAAAAGAAGAAGGGUGACGCAGACCUAGUGGUGAAGUUGGAAUUUGAUGAUGAUGGUUUAGGCAGUGAAGGAAGAACAGGAGAAAAUGCGGCAGCCAAACCAAAGGCUCCACGUGUCAAGAAAGAGAAGAAAGAGCCUGGAGCACCCAGAGUGAGAAAACCCCCAGCACCCAAAGGUGCUGCCUCUGCUAAAAAGGUGAAGAAGAGAAACCCCUGGUCUGAAGACGAGUCCAAGUCAGAAAGUGACCUUGAGAACAGUCAGCCCAUUAUCCCCAGAGAGAACAAGUCCCAGAGGGCAUCAGCUUCCAAGCCAAAAUACACAUUUGACUUCUCAGAGGAGGAGGAUGAGGAAGAGGCUGAUGAAGAGGAGAACGGUGACGAUGAUGUGGCCUCUUCGCCAAUGAGGUCGUUCAAAGAUGACCUUACUUCCUCUGAGAUCAAAGAGUGCUUCAAUGACCAUAAUGAUGACGAGGAUGACAACAACGAAGUCCCCAGCUCUCCUCCCAAACAAAAGCCCACGUCUGCAGCUGUAGCUCAAAAGGAGACAACAAGCAUCUUCCCAUCAAAGCCAGCCCUCUCUGAAAAAAGCAACGACAGUGAUGGAUCAAAGUCUGACAGUGAUGAUGACAAUGGCCCAGUGUUCUCCACAUACUCCAGCAGCUCUGCAUUGGACAAACUAUCGCCUGCAAAAAAAGCUAAGAAACCCUCCGAUGCAGCUCCCAAACCCAAGAAGCCACCAGCACCAAAAGCAAAGAAACCAGACAAAUCCAUCUGGGACUCUGACUCUGACACUGGGUCCAAGAAGCCAGCACCAGCUCUUAAAGGUAAAGGCAGGGGAAGGAAGAGGAAGGGCUCUGGAUCUGAAGAGGAUUACAAUCCAGUGAAAAAAGUGGCAAAACCGGCCAGCCGAAAACCUCAGAAACCUCCAUCAGGCGAUGAGGAUGAUGACAGCAACUGCCGAAAAACAGUUAACACUCAGUCCCGGGACAGACCAGGCCGGGUCAAGAAGGAGGUGAAGUACUUUGACGAGUCAGACAACGAGGAUGAUGAAGAUGAUGAUGACAUGUUUGAUUAAAACCACUUGAUCACACCCCAACACACCCCGCUUGUAUGAAAGUUUCCUCCUCCUUCUGUGUUCCCACAGACUUUUCUACAUUUCUUGUUCCAUUUUCUUUUCAAUUAUGGUGAUGUUCAAUGAUUUUUAAUGUGUAGGUGUUUUACACUUUUUAUUAUACAUAUACAGGUUUCUUUUUUAUUCUCAUUGAAAUGUUCUGUAUUUGUCCGAAGCAGCUUUUAGAAGUUUAGAACGCAGUGCUUUAGCAUAUUUUAAUUGUUAAAAUACUAUGUAACUUUUUGAACAUGAAGUUGAAAGUAAACAAUGAAAUUACCAACUUUU